AUUAAAGGCACAGGCAAACAAGGUUCGUCGGCAUACUGUCCCAGACUGUGAUUAGGAUCUCACCUACAGCAAGAAGAGGUGAGUCAAGAUGUCGGUCCUCCCUGACGUCUCGAGUCUACUGCCCAACACCUUUUUCUACCCUCUGCUCUUUAUCAGCUUGGUACUAUGGUACCUGCACCAGCGCUUCCAGUCUUCCCGCCUCACCACGAUGGUGAACAAGUUGCCAGGCCCAACCGCACUUCCCCUCAUUGGCAACCUCUACCAACUCAUCGGCCGCCUCAGGCCUCCGCAGCUUCUGCAGUAUGCGAUUAGUGAGUCAGCCAACUACGAGAAGGAAGGCGUCGUACGAUUCUGGUUGGGGCCCACCAAACCUGUGAUUGGGCUUUUCAACCCCGCUGAUAUUGAGGUCAUUCUCAGCAGCAACGUCCAUCUUGACAAGUCUGUAGAGUACCGUUGGUUCCAGCCAUGGCUGGGUGAUGGCCUUCUCAUCAACUCUGGCGAGAAGUGGCGCACCCACCGCAAGCUGAUCGCGCCCGCCUUCCACCUGAACGUGCUCAAGAGCUUCAUCCCGCAGUUCAACAGCAACGCCAAGCGCCUUGUGCAGCGUCUGCGCAAGGAGGCUGAGCGCGGCACCGAGUUCGACGUGCACGACUACAUGAGCGAGUCCACCGUCGACGUGCUCAUCGAGACUGCUAUGGGUGUUUCGACGGGUCACACCGGCGACAGGUCUGGUUUCGAGUAUGCAAUGGCUGUUAUGAAGAUGUGCGACAUUGUUCACCAGCGGGCAUACAAAUUCUGGCUGCGUUUGGAUUCUCUCUUCCAAUUCUCCCACUUCGCAAAGGAACAAGAGGGCUACCUGAAAACAAUCCACGGCUUGUCCACCUCGGUCAUUAAGAAGAAGAAGGAACUGUUCGACCGAUUGCAGAGUGAUCCUAAGCUGCAGCAACAAUUUGCGGAGGAUACCGAAAAUGUUGAUGUGACUGGCACUUUCCUUGACUCUAAGGGAUACAUCAAGGAUGAUCUGGAUGAUGACGUCGGCGAGAAGAAGCGCCAGGCCUUCCUGGACCUGCUGCUGGAGACGAAGAAAGUGAACGGCACGCUGACCGACGCUGAGAUCAAGGAGGAAGUGGACACCAUCAUGUUUGAGGGCCACGACACCACCGCCGCCGGCUCCAGCUUCGUGCUCUGCCUGCUGGGCAUCCACCAGGACGUGCAGACGAAGGUGAUGCAGGAGCUGAACGAGAUCUUCGGCGACUCCGACCGCCCGGCCACCUUCAACGACACCCUGCAGAUGAAGUACCUGGAGCGCGUCAUCCUGGAGACGCUGCGCAUGUACCCGCCAGUGCCGCUCAUCGCGCGCAAGCUCAACCAGGACGUCAAGCUGGCGACUGGGUACACGAUCCCUGCCAACUGCACGGUCGUGAUUGGCACCUUCAAGGUCCACCGCCACCCACAGAUCUACGAGAACCCCAACGUCUUCAACCCCGACAACUUCCUGCCGGAGAAGAUGGCCAGCCGCCACUACUACUCGUACAUCCCGUUCAGCGCUGGCCCUCGGAGCUGCGUGCUGCUGUCGACGCUGCUGCGCAACUACAAGGUGGUGUCCAACGUGUCGGAGAGCGAGUUCGUGCUGCGCGGCGACAUCAUCCUCAAGCGCGACGACGGCUUCCGCAUCAAGCUGGAGCCGCGCUCCCGCGUGCAGGCCGCCGCCUGA